AUGACUAAGCAGGGACCGGGAGCAGGGAUUGCCUGGCCAAAAUGGAGACGAGUAUUUGAGUACUACCUAGCAGCAUCAGGAGUCUCAGCAGAUGGUCAGAAGCGGGCCCUUCUACUGCACUGUGCAGGACCAGAAGUUCAAGAGUUAUAUGAGGAUGAGCCUAAGUAUGAGACAACGCUGAAGGCUCUGACCAAAUAUUUUGAGCCCCGGAAGAAUGUAGUAUUUGAGAGACAUGCUUUUCGACAAGCAGUUCAAAGUGAUGGAGAGACUGUCGAUGAAUAUUGCACUCGACUACGUGUAUCGGCAGCAUCAUGUGCAUUUGGUGAACAUACCGAUGAACAUAUACGUGACCAAAUUGUGGAUAAAUGUACAUCUAGCUCACUUCGAAGGAAGCUACUCAGGACAGAUGGCCUGAAACUGGAUGACUUGCUAUCGAUAGCAAGAGCAACUGAAUCUGCAGACCGGCAGGCUGGAGUGAUGGAGGCCUCGGGAAGAACUUCGGAAUCUGCGUGUGUGAUUAAGGGAGGACCAGUGAGACAGCCUAAUCGCAGUGACAGGCAAGGAAGGCAACCAAAAACAUCAGAGAGUGUGAACAAUCAAGACAAUAUAUGCGGGAACUGUGGAAUAUUGGGACAUCGACCAGGAGAUCGAGGAUGCAUGCCCCGCCCAAAAUCGUGA